GCUUGCGCUCAACCUCUACUAUAAGUUUAUAUCGGUGUUUUCCCUAAAUCAAAUCAGCAUGACUACUUCUCUUGACGUCUCAACAGUUUCCCGCCCUCUCCACAUCUUUGGUACUCAAGUACUCAAUUCUUGUCUAUCAUCAACUCCUCUGAAUACAUCCAAUAGGAAUCACUAUCAAUUUCGGCCAGUUCAAAACAGAUAUAGAGUCUGCUGAUGCAUGGAUUGGAAAAUUAUAUCCGCCAAAUGAUGAAUACAGAGCAGAAAAGAGUUUGCGACAGGUGUUUUCUCCACCUAUGUAAGUGAGCACUCGACCUCAAUAGUUCUCACCUGACUUGCUAUUGUGUCUUUUUACCAUAGGGUGCUUUCUCAUGGGGAUAUAUUUUCCUUGAGUAUGAAGUACAUUGACAAGUGCCAGUGCUUAGAGAUGAAGACCGAGGGAACUACUUUCAACUCAGACGACAUCUUCUAUGUGUAUGAUGUAAGCAAAAAACAAGAAUACAUCAAGUUCCAUAAAAAAAUCAAGAUCACUAUCGCCCUUUCUAGAGCCGAAAUUGUCCCUUCCAGUGAGCACCCACCUGCAACUCCUCAAAAAUCUCAGGUGUCACAGCAUCAUCGAGUCGAGUAUAAAGUGCCAUCCUCGAGGUUCCGAAUCCUAGUGGUCGGAAAGGUUAACGUUGGCAAGACAGCGCUGAUAAACCAUGCAUUUGGAGUGGAACCAGCGUUUGUUUUGCACGAUAAUAUAGGCGAGGCUAGUAUUGAUCAUGAGUUAAUCUCAUCUCAGAACGACAGGUUUAUUCUCCACGAAAGCAAGGGUUUUGAGGCCGGAAGUGCAGGCAGGCUCGAAAUAGUCCGAGAUUUCAUUGAACAUCGGAGGAACAUGUCUCCGGAACAUCAAUUGCAUGCUAUUUGGCUUUGCAUUGAGAUACCUCGUGCAGGCCAACGUUUGCAUGAGGGAAGAGAGGAAUUCUUCAAGUUGAAAAGGAAGGGGACUCUGGGAAACGUUCCCCUUAUCGUCGUUUUUACUAAAUACGAUAUUCUCGUCGAUCGUGUAGAGCGAACUCUAGAUAAAACCUUUCUUGAUGGCUUGAGCGACGAAGCCAUCAAGGAACUCGUCAAUAACAGAGCAGAAGCCGAGCUGCAAGAUAUCUGCAUUCGACCUCUACAGAAAUUUGCAGGGCCUGAUAUUCCCCAUGUUACGAUCUCUACCAAAGAAGACUAUAAAGGGACACUCACCAACCUCAUCCAAUUAACUGAAUAUUGUGCUGGUCAGUAUCUUGCGUCCGAGGUCGCGAUGAUGACCCUCAUCGCUCAGCGAGCGGACCUCGGACUCAAAAUACGGGCAUCAAUUGGGGUUGGCAAGAGAAGAUAUUGGAAGGUGCUUCUAUCGUGCACAAUAUUCAUGAAGCACAAGAUAUGUGAAUGUCUACAUGUGCUUCAUACCGACAUCGUCGAAGUGUGGAACUUCAAUGAUGCUCAUCGUUACUUGCACAGCGAAGCCUUCAGGACAGUGAUGAUGAAAAUGGUCGAAGUUGGACCUACAAGAACAUAUCGACACUUCUCCCUCGACGGCUCGGUGCUCCAGCGCUUCAUGUCCUACACCGUCCACUUAACUCUUGUGUUGCAAACACUUUUUCUUGUGUUACCAACCGGGCCACUCACUCUUAGGGUCAUCAAGCUCACAGUCAAUUCCUAUCUCGCCUCUCCAAUGAGUGAACAAGUUUCUAUUCGGGUUCAGGACUGUAAUAGGCCCUUGACCAUUCUGGAACGUAUGGAUCGCGAUACCUUGGAUAGACUUGUUGAGGUGAUGCAAUUCUAUCGCAUUGAUGAGACACGAGUGUCUGAACUUCGGGAAAUUAUUCGCCCUGCGGGUUUAUUAUUGGACGGACCAAGUGAUAUCGAGGAGUGGUAGCAUUCGGGUGUUUUUUUCGUGGGUGGUUUUGCACAUGAGCGUGUCUGGGUAUCGAUACCAUUAAAGCUAGUGUUCGCUUGUGCUACCAUGUGACUGGAUGUAUAGUCGAUCAUAACAUUGUAGCGUAUGAUAUACUGUGUUCUAUAACUGCAUAUGAAAGUCUGGCAGUGACACUUUUUCUGUUGCAUCUGUUGAGAUCUAAUCCAUAGACCCGUCCAUCAUCGCUCUUAGCUUCGCAACCUCGACCCGGGGAAUGACAUCGAUUUCGAAUGGCGCUGCAUGGGGAGUGACCGUAUCAUCGAAAGC